AAAAAAAAAAAAAAAACCAAAUAAUAAAAAUAAUUAAGCUAGUUGGUACGACCAUAACAAUGAAUGCCAAACGUGUAAAAUACUCGACGGCGAUCAAAGAGGAGAUUGUGCCUGUCAUCUUGCAUGAAGAUCCGGAAGAGGUCGAGGAGGUGGAGGCCCACGACGAGAGCGGCGACGGAGAUGGUGGCGAAACUCAAUACACCUAUGCCUACACCACCAACGAGGAUGAUGAUACCGAAACGGCUGUGGUGACUCUCAGCGACCGGGAUCACGAGGCCCUGGCCAACGCCCAGGAGGUGAUUAUCGAUGAGAACGGCCAUCCCGUAUCUUUGCAACAUUAUGUGGAGAACAGCACCGUCGAGGAGGUUGAGACUAUCGAACAGGGCGACGGCACGCACACAAUUCUGCACAUCGUACCGAACAGCAUGCACGAUGAUCAGGACGAAGAUGACGUCGAGGACGAGGAAGUUGAUGACGGCGAGGAGCUGGAUGAGGACGAAAUGGUCACCGUAGAGCAUGAAGUUGAGGGCGAGGAGGACGACGACGAUGUUGGAUCUCUCGUCUUCGAGGGCACCAUUGAUCACGGCGCCGAACAGGAGAUGCAUGGCCGUAACAAGACCUUCUAUUGCCCCAACUGUGGCAACUGCUACAGUGCCGCCGGUUCGCUCAAGCUUCAUAUGCGCGCCUGCUUGCGCCAGCGUAACGAGGUCUCUACAGAGGACCGCAAGUGCAAGGUGUGCAGCAAGGUCUUCAACUCGGUGGCCUAUCUGAAGGAGCACAUGAUGCGCCAUACCGGCGAACAGCCGUACCGUUGCACCCGCUGCUAUCGCAAGUUCGUUGACGAGUCCAAAUACACCGCGCACAUGGAGUCGCACAAGCACCAGGAUAAGCUCGAGGCCGAGGCCGUCGCAUUGGCUGCUCAGCACGGCGGCAAGAAGGUGGUCGUCAAGGAGUUCAACUGCUCCUUCUGCUCCCAGAACUUCACUGUCGUCUUUGACGUUGGACAGGUUAAGCGCCGCUAUGCCUGCGACGCUUGCCGCGACAAGUACUCCAACGCCGAGGCACUGCGUCAGCACAAGCAGCAGGUGGAGGAGAAGCGUGAGUUUAGCUGCGAGCGCUGCGGCCGCAAGUUUGUGUUCGAGGGCUUCCUCCAGCGCCAUCUGCCGACCUGCGAUGGCAGCAUUAAGCGUCGUCGGGAUAUGAAGUAGAGGCGGCGCCAGCGACGGCGAUCACCACCAGAGUCGCCGCCGCCGCCACUGCCACGUUAUGUUGUUAUGGACGAUCGGAUUCAGCCAAAAAUCGAACUGGUUGACGACGAAGAGCAGCAGCAGCAGCAGCAGCAUGGGGAGCUGGAAGAGAUUGAGGAGCUAGAGUUUCUAGAGGAAGACGACGAGGAGCAUGAUUUGUAUCUGGAGGAACAGCAGUAGCAGGAGGAGGAUUGACAACAACAACAACAACUACACUAAUAUCAACACUUUUUACACUUAAAGAACACAAAAAAUAUAAUAAGAAGCCUGCUGGCCACAAAAAUUUGCUAGCACACACCACGCAUACAACUUUCAAACAGAAAAUGCCUCGGACAUCUUCUUAAUUAUUCCAAAGGAGAGAGUUCUUAUCUAAUAUAUAUAUAUAUAUAUAUAUAUAUAAUAAUAAUAAUAACUAAUAUAAUAUUGUUCUUUAUAACUUUAUAAGAGUAUGAUGGAGGCCAGCAAGCGCUAUUAAAUAGAUGCAACCGGUAGGAAAACGGACACGGAUGUCAGAUGGCGGAUGAUGGAUGGCCAAUGUAUAGAACUUACAUAUAUAUAUAUAUAUACGUACAUUUAAUUACAACUAUUUAAUGGUAUAUUUCACACAAAUUAUGCUAUUAUAUAAUAAGGGAAUCCAAUCGAUGUUGAAUUCGAGAAUAAAACCAAAUCCUAAGAUUUGAUUCUUAAUUUUUUUUUCUUAGAAAUUUUCACCAUUUUUUUACCAAUUGACCAAAACUUAAGAAAAAAUAUGUUUAAUGGAAUCCUUUUUGUUUUUUUUUUCGUUUAUAUAAAGCCGCUACUUUCUUUUGAAUUAAUGAUUUAAAACUGUACAAUAAUAAAGUCACAUCUAAAAAUACAAAAAAAAAA